UCCAUGAUGUUCCCAACAGCUGACAGACGGUGAAAGCCUCCACCAGAGCUGUCGGUGGAAGCGCGGAGCCUCUCGUCGCCACGGACCCGAAAUUCUGACUUUUCUCCUAUUUAUUUUGGAGCCCGGGUCCCCGUGGAGCAUUUUUGUUGGAUUUUUUAAAUAUCUUAUUUGCUUCGGCAGUUGUAUUUUUUAUUUUGUCUUGACUGAUAACAUUAGCAGGCAGCGCGAGGGGACAUUCGCUGUCAGCUAACUUCCCAUAAUAAGGUCGCCGUGUCUCCGGGCUGCGUUUGCAUAUGUUGAAUUUCACUCCAACACUUUGACUCCAGCCCUUCCAACCGAGCACCAAUGCUGAGGAAUGGAUAGUGUGUCUGGCAAAGGUGGUGGGAGGAUGGUGGAGAGCGAUGAGCAGCCGGAGAGGGACAGCGGCGGUGGCGCAGCGAUGGCCGCACUACACCAAUGCGAACUCAUCCAGAACAUCAUUGAUAUCUCCAUCUCCAGUUUACAAGGACUACGGACCAAAUGCGCCGCGUCCAACGACCUCACGCAGCAGGAAAUCCGCACAUUAGAGGUGAAGCUGAUGAAAUACAUCUGUAAACAGCUGCAGUGCAAGCAGAAAGUGCCAGAGACAGAGCGGCCCGAGGCUCUAGACAGCUACCCACGCUUACGAGACUGGCUGCGCACCAUCAACCUUCGACAGGAGCUCAUAGAGGCAGUGGAGGCGAAAUUAUCUCUUGAUGUUUUACAGCAGAUGACAGGCACUCAGGUUAGAGAUACAAUGAGAAGACUAGGGUUCACCUCGGAUGAAUGUGCCAGGCUGAGUGCUGCCCUCUCCUGUCUGAAGAGCGCUGCUGAGUCAGGUGGUGAAGUGAGAGAGGACGGGGGUCCCUGGCUCUCAGAGCCUAACAGAAGAGACAGCGGCUCCCUUUUGACCGCAGACCAGCUAACAGGCUUGGGUACUCCUCUUCGCUCCCACAGUCCGUCUCCUCUCACUCGUCCCUCUGCCAUUCACUCCACUCCUUCCACCCCCUGUGCGACCUUCCCUCACCCGCGAUCUGGCUCCGUGUCAGCGGUGCCCACACCAGAUGCGCAGACGUCAUAUGCAUACUGCGAGGAUCCGUUCCCCAUGUCGGCAGCCCGAUUGGCCCGGUUACACGGACGUACCUCCACCCCACCCAUAACGCCACCAUCCAAGCGGCGCCAUCGGUUGAAGCCACCCUGCACCCCACCGCCGCCAUCCCGCAAAGUGCUGCACCUCCUUCCUAAUAUUACGCUGACUCGCAGCAAGAGUCACGAGUCCCAGCUAGGAAACCGCAUUGAUGACCCGCCUUCCAACAAGUGUGUGAAGAAGAACAAGCUGCCCCUGAAUAUGCAAGUCAACGGAAACGGGUGCGAGGACUCCCCAUCCCGCAAUCCCGUAAUACCAUCGCGCACAUCUGCGGUGACCCCGGUAGCAACUUCAGCACCUUACGCCCUCCCUGGCACGCCCACUCUCAUGGAAGAGCACAGCAUCAUCAGGAAUAAUGUACCAGUGCACCGUAGCUCUCCGCAGGCAGUGAGGCGAGACAUUGGCCUCGCUGUGACACAUAGGUUCUCCACCAAGUCCUGGCUGUCGCAGACGUGUCAGGUCUGCCAGAAGAACAUGAUGUUUGGGGUCAAAUGCAAACAUUGCCGGUUAAAGUGCCACAACAAAUGCACAAAAGAAGCUCCGUCCUGCAGGAUCUCUUUUCUACCAAUCGCAAAAAUUAGGAGGACGGAGUCUGUGCCGUCUGAUAUCAACAACCCUGUGGACCGGCCUGCAGAAGCUCCGCAGUUUGGCACUUUACCAAAGGCAAUUACCAAAAAGGACCACCCGCCCGUCCUGAACCAGCUGGACUCGAGCAGCAAUCCCUCGUCCACUACCUCGUCCACACCUUCCUCCCCAGCUCCCUUCCAGCAGAGCAACCCACCCAGCGCCACCCCGCCCCCCAACCCAUCACCCAAGGGCCACCGGGACAACCGCUUCAACUUUCCCGCUGCCUGUUACUUUCAACACAGACAACAGUUUAUCUUCCCGGAUGUCUCUAGUCCAUCUUCUUUGCACUCUGAUGUCCUCCAAGACACAGUCAGUGAGAUGGAGCAGCUUGCUGACAACAUUCAUGCUGAGCUUGUUGAAGAUGAAGAUGAGGAGGAGGUGGACGAGGAAAUUGAGGUUGAAGAUGAAGACGGCGAGGUGGAUGAUGUAAAUGAUGAAGAGGAGGAGGAGGAGAAUGAGGAUGAAGAGGAGGAGGAAGAUGAUGAGGAUGAAGAUGGGGAGGACAUGAGGAUGCACAUGGGCUCAGAUGGAGAGUGCGAGGGCGACGAGCUGGACGAUCUACCGAGCUCUCGGGGUAACCAGUGGAAGGGCCCCAUUACUCGUAAAGCCAGUCAGACCAGCGUCUACCUGCAGGAGUGGGACAUCCCGUUUGAGCAGCUGGACCUUGGCGAGCUCAUCGGGAAGGGUCGUUGGGGAAAAGUGCACCGUGGCCGGUGGCACGGUGAGGUGGCGAUCCGACUCCUGGAGAUCGACGGGAACAACCAGGACCACCUGAAGCUCUUCAAGAAGGAGGUGAUGAACUACAGGCAGACCAGACAUGAGAACGUGGUCCUCUUCAUGGGAGCCUGCAUGGCCCCACCACACCUCGCCAUCAUCACCAGCUUCUGCAAAGGGAGGACACUCUACUCUGUCGUCAGAGACACUAAAAAUUCCCUGGACAUCAAUAAGACCCGGCAAAUCGCUCAGGAGAUCGUAAAGGGAAUGGGAUACCUGCACGCUAAAGGCAUCGUCCACAAAGACCUGAAGUCCAAGAAUGUUUUCCACGACACCAAUAAAGUGGUGAUCACCGACUUCGGGUUGUUUGGGAUCUCUGGAGUCGUCCAGGAGGGGAGACGUGAGAAUAAACUGAAGCUUCCUCAUGGCUGGAUUUGUUAUCUCGCUCCGGAGAUUGUGCGCAGAAUGAGUCCAGGUAACAACGAGGACCGACUCCCCUUCUCCACUGCCGCAGAUGUUUACGCCUUCGGCACCAUUUGGUACGAGCUCCAAGCCAGAGACUGGCCCAUCACCAACCAGCCUGUGGAAGCCACCAUCUGGCAGGUGGGCAGUGGCGAGGGCAUCAAGAAGAUCCUGGCAGAGAUCAGCCUGGGCAAAGAGGUCACUGAGAUCCUCUCUGCCUGCUGGGCCUACGACCUACGAGAGAGGCCCACCUUCACCAAGCUGGCCGACAUGCUGGAGAAGCUGCCCAAACUCAACCGCCGGCUGUCCCACCCAGGACACUUCUGGAAGUCAGCAGAGUUGUAGCCGUCGCUCUGAAUCCUGCGCAGAGCAACUCACCGCCUGCGUCUGCCUUGCAUGCUCCUGAAUCCUUAACUCUUACAGGAUUGACAUAAAAGUUGCUGCUGCCUGAAAAAAAAAAAAGACUAAUCCGGUGUGACCUUCUGUGUCUGCAAAGAGGCGGCCGAUGUGUCGCGCUGCACAUUUCCCCUCCUUCUGGUCUGUUUCUUCUCUAA